UGUGUGUGUGUGUGUGUGUGUGUGAGAGAGGAGCUCUAUAAAAAGCCUUGCAGCACAAUGAUCAGCAGUGAAAGGCUGUAAGUCAGAGCACUGAUGACCCUGCUCGUCCAACCCGGGGCGGACAAGAUGUGGUUUGAUCGUAAGCCUGUGCUGUUCCUUGCUGUUCUUGUUUUGGCUCUGGUCCCGGCUGGCCGGUGUCAGGAGGAUGAGAGCCGUCGCUCGGUGACCGAACACCAGCUCCUGCACGACCGCGGCCGCAGCAUCCAGAGCCUCAGGAGACUGAUCUGGCUGUCCAGCGCCAUGGAGGGCCUCCACACCGCCCAGCCCCGCUCCGCCCCGCUCAUCCCCCCCAAGGCCCUCCGGCUGGGCCUGGGUCCAUCCCUAGGUCCAGGGCUGGGGGCCCGCUUAGGGGGAAGCCCCCAGUCUGUUGGGUCAAACGGCCAGUACAGAGCAGCCAGGGACAACCUGCUCAGAGACUUUUUUAAUCCCUACCUGAUGCCACUGCCAGAGAGAGAGCCAUAGAAUCACAUAUAUAUAUAUAUAUAUAUUGAUCUAUAUAUAGAUCAAUUUAUAUACCUAGUUAUUAUAUAUAAUUGAAUCCAUUGCAUGGACAACAAUACAAAGUAUUGGAUACAUCACUUGUUAUGUUUACGCUCAAUAUGUUAUGGAAUAUUUCUUUCAGUCAUUUUAUUAUAAUUUUCUGAAGUAUUUUUUGAUAUCAGUAAGGUUGCCAUCAUUGUUUAACUUUGUAUUAAGCAAUCUACUAUGUUGUGUAUUUAAAUGCCUUGUAAUAAUAGUAAAUGUUGCUCAGAUAAAUACAUUGCAAUCAUAAUCUGUCAAAUAAUUUGGCAUUGCAUACGUUUUUUCCUCACUAUGUUAGUAGGAACUGUGCCCCUGAUGGUUGAUUUGGCGUCCCCAUUUAAGAACAGAAAGAAGACGCCUUUAAGGUGAGCCAGACGUUGGCCCUGUUUGUGUUCUUGGUUUGAUUCAGUUAUAAAUCAGUGCCAAUUUAAAUACACAAUCAGAACAUUGAGAAGGUCACAAAUAAUAAUUUAAAAUAGCACUUUUAUUUUAAGUAUUAAUAUGAUUUAAGACAUGUUUUGGAUUGUUACAACAUAUGAAAACAGUUAUUAUAAAUAUAGAUAAUAUACAUUGAUGAUAUAUUAUUAUAUCUAUAAUUGUAUUAAUGAAUAAAAGAGGUGAGAUUGUCUUA